AUGGCUUCUAACACUGAACACCAGCCAAAACAGGUCGCUAUCUUACUUGAAGGCCAAAAUAAAGUCGAUGUGUACGAAGCCACAGGUGGGGCAGUUACUUCUCAAUUCGCAGCUCACAACUUGUCUCUCCUCCCACCCAUACCCCCAACCUCGGUUAUCCAUGACAACGCAUGUGGUGCCGGAACAGUCUCUCGCAUAAUUCUUUCCUCAAAUGCGCCAUCAGAUCUAAAGAUAUACGCCACGGAUAUCGAUCAAGUCUUCCUCGGCAAGCUUCGAUCAGAUGCAGAUAGAAACUCCUGGCCGAUCUAUGUGUCCAACCAGAAGUCUGAGAGUCUAUCGUUUCCCGACAACCACUUUACGCACUCUAUCAAUAACAUCGGUAUUUUCUUUACUACUGGUGCUGGCCUCGACGGUGCCAAAGAAAUCUACCGUACACUUCAACCUGGCGGGACCGCUGUAGUAAAUUGCUGGGAGGAUGUCACUUGGUUACCACCCUUUGCGCUCGUACAUCAAGCACUCCGUCCAGGAAACCCCUACCCAGCACCUCCCAUCAUCUGGAAAGACGGGCAGCAAAUCCAGAAAGUGAUGUUGGAAGCAGGCUUCUUGAAGCAGAAUAUGAGAGUCGAAAGGAGCGAGGCGUGGGCGAAGACUACCGAUUUGAAAGAUUGGGCAGAAAAGUCUUGGGCGUAUUUGGGUAACAUAGGGGGCUGGAAGGAGACGGAUGGUGAGAGAUGGGACGAAGCUGUCGAUCUACUUGUGAAGCAUAUCUUGGAGCAGGAGGGCACCAAGAAGGUUGGAGAUGAAGUAUGGAUGAGGGCUAGUCAAUGGGUGGUUAUCGCUCAGAAGUAA